AUAAAAUCUUCUUGUUUUAAAAAAAUACACAAUAUAAACGUUGUAAGUUCGUGAUUAAGAAAACCUUUCAGCGUGAUUAUACGUAUGAACCCUACAACAUGGACAAGGUGCGUUAUAUUUCUAUAAUUUUGUAACAUUAGAAGUUGUCCACACGCAAACUUGUGUAUAUCUUUGUCUUACUUUACGUUUGCUACAAUAGUACAAUACGAGACUUUCUAAAAAAAUGGCUUCCUCACAUUUGCAAAGAGCCAUAGAGAACCCAACUCUUGAGCUCAAAGUUGUAUCAGCCAGUGGCCUCAGCCAUGUUGAUGCCACAGACGAGAUGGACGUAUACGCCGUCGUUUCAAUUAACGACGACAAGAAACAAGCGGCCAAAACACCCAUCGACUAUGAUGGUGGUCCAAAUCCGACGUGGAACCACACCAUUAAGUUAACCGUCAACGAAGAAGCAGCCCGUGAAGGCCUUUUAACUCUCAAGGUCGAGUUGUUUAGUUAUUGGCUCAAAGGGAAGGAUGACCUUUAUUUAGGAGACGUCGACAUCUCGGUUCAUGAGCUUUUCGACUCAACCCCGCUUCCACCGUUUGCAAACGGUAACGUCAACAAAAUGAAGUCGUUGACUUUCCCUAUCAAAGUCACAGAAGGAGGAGGUACCAACGCAAAGUUAAGCCUCUUGUACCGGUUUAAACCAGUACCGAUUAAGGAUUCGUAUCCUCUGGCGCCUCAGGAUCAUUCUCCAUCGAUUGGUCAACCCGUUUAUCCACACUCGGAUCAAACCACCACGACUAAACUGAUCCUAGAGAUUGUGAUCAAAUUAGCCAAAAACAUCGAAGAUGUCAACGCCUUCUUGGCCAUGGAUGUAUAUGCUUCGGUUGCAAUCUGUAAGGAUAGGAAAGUUAAGGAUAGGAUCAAUACACCUGUAGCUUUCUCCGCCAAUACAAACCCUAAGUGGAACCAGAAGAUUAAGUUUUUAAUCGAUGAAAAAUUAGGUCAAGAAGGGCGUUUGAUGCUCCUCGUUGAGUUGAUGAGCCACAGGCCUUUACUUGGUGAUAAGGAAAUCGGAUCUGUCAGGCUUCCGAUUCAACAACUAUUAAGCUCAAAUCCGUCUUCAUCAUCAGCCAGUGGUGAUGCUAACGGUAUGAAGUUGGAGACGCACGCUUUGACCGGUCCUUACGGGAAGAAAGGUGUCGUGAGCUUCACGUAUAGGUUUUUUGCAGAACAAAUUAGAGUUGCAACGGUUCCAACACCAUCUACAACAUCCCAACCAUAUAUUAUGUAUCUAGCGGCCAAGCCUCAUUCACUUUCGUCCUCGGAUCCGGUUCAGGUGACCACCAGUUAUGUGGCUGUUCAACAAGGUGUAAAUAGUGGGCCAAGCAACGGUCUAGUACCAAUAUAUAUGCCGCCUCAAUAUCCAUCACAUGAAUAUCAACAAUAUUCACCACGGAAGCAGCGGCCUCAAGCGCAACCGCAGCCACCACCACAACGUUCGCAGCUUAAACCACAGCCUCAGCAGCAGUUCUCUCAGUCACUACCGGAUACACAAGAAGCAUAGAUUUGUAGCAUUCGUGCUACAUUAACGUAUGGAAUAAAAUGUUCUCAACUUGAUAUUUAUUUUUAACUGCAUUGGACUACUUUUUUCCUUCUGAAUUUGUAAGAAAUAGUCUCCUUAUA